AUGAGCAGCUCCAACGGGAGCAGAGACAGCUCCAACUCCAGCUCCAUGUCCUCGACGACGGCCGCAUUGCCGCCCGCGCGUCCCUCCAAGAGGAGUAAAAUGCGCAAUGGCACCUUCAUCAUCCCUGCCACGGGCGAGCGCUCCCGGCGCCAAUUCACCCUCCGCACUCCCAGGACCCGGUCGCACUGCAAUGGAUCCGAGCGUCGUCCGCCAACAACUUCGGUGAAUUCGGUUGGUCAGCAUCUCCAGGCAGCUUCGAGAGCUGUGCGGACCAAGUCGUUGGCGGCCUGGCGAUGGCUGCAGACUGACGAGGGCCGGCAGGUGCUCAAGUGCACGCUGGCAUAUCUCUUGGGCACUACGGCGACGUUUUGGCCGCCGUUGUCCAACUUCCUGGGCCGCCGGGAUGGCAAACACAUUGCGGCGACGUUGACAGUGUACUUCCACCCGGCCCGGACGGCUGGGUCCAUGCUGGAGGCCGUUGUGAUUGCCAUUGUGGCCGUGGUAUAUGCCGAGCUGGUCUGUAUGCUGUCGAUGGGGAUAGCCAUUGCCUCUCGCGCCAUCUCUGGAUCUGCCGCUCCCGCACAUGCCAUCGUCUUACUUGUAUGCAUUGGGGGCGGCCUUGGCUUGGUCGGCUGGACUAAGCAGCGAUUGAACCAGCCCCUUGUCAACACCGCCUCUACCUUGGCAUCAAUGGCCAUUAUAUCCAUCAUUACCAAAGAAGAAUCCGUCAAUAAUGGCUACUUCUCCGUGGAUAAGAUCAUCCAGAUGUUUAAGCUGUUAUUGCUUGGAAUCACCUUUACCGUGGCUGUGAACCUCCUGUUAUGGCGCGUAUCGGCAAGAAAGGUGUUGCGCCAAUCUAUCCUUACUGCAGCGGUGGCACUGAGUGAUCGCUUGUCUUUUAUCACCAGUGGGUUUUUAAACGGAUCGGAGGAUGAGGUCAACUCUCCCGAGUAUGCCCAGGCAUCCUCCCAGUAUAACUCAGCGUAUGCUCAGAUAAUGACAACUCUCCGAGAGUCUAAAAUCGAGCAAUACUUUCUCGGGAGAGAGGACAUAUACCGGUUGGAUAAACGCCUAAUCAAGUCGUUGGAAACGCUGUCACAGGCGACUGGGGGCCUGCGUAGUGCGCUCCAGACCCAGCUGACACUUCUGAAAGAGGGACCCAACUCUAUUGUGGUGCCGCAAUCACACUUAUUUUCUCCGGAGCCAGCAUCUGGAAUGACUCGAAGUGUUUCAUACUUUUCUGACGGCCUUUCAGUGAUUGAAGAAGACGAAUUCGAACGUCGUUCGGCCCUCAAUAGCCACUCAGACCCUACGCUCGAUAAGUCGCCCAUCUUUCGUGUGCCAUCCGAUAUAUUUGCGCUCUUUUUGGCACUGCUGGGCCCUUCCAUGAAGUCUUUGGCAUAUACUCUAUCAGAAACGCUGAAAGAGAACCCCUUUGGCAAACACCCUGAAGACCAGGUGGCUGUCAAUGUGCAUCUGCGUGCUAGCCUCCGGGAUGCGGUGAAUCUGUACAACAAUGCCAGAGGCAAGGCCCUUCGCGAAUUAUAUCGAAGCAUCGAGCUCGGAAGAUCGCGAACCGAAAAUAUUCAAGCUGAUAUAGAGGAGGUUGCCGCUGCUUGUGGCCACUUUUCCUUCAGUUUACAGGCAGUGGCAGAAGAGAUGGAUGCGUACCUCGAUGUGCUUGAGUCAUUGCAAAAUCCGGUGGCACACCAAGAUCGAAGCUGGAGGUGGCUCAAGUUCUGGAGACACUGGAAGCUGUUUCAACGCCGCAGCGAUCGCGAUGCAGAACACGAACCCCUCCUGGUCAGAAAGUCGAGAGGCCGAAUGAAGUCGCCUACCCCUCAGGGUCUACCUAAGGCCAUGCUGAAGAAGAGAGACUCGUUUCACUGGGAUGCCUCACCGCAGAAGUCCAAUUCCUUUGUUCGCAAAUGCUCACAGGCUUUACUAAAGUUUCUUCGGUUCCUAACGCGUGAGGAUGUGAUGUUUGGAAUCAAAGUAGGUAUUGGUGCCGUUUUAUGGGCCAUGCUUGCUUUCAUCCCUGCUACAAGGCCAGUGUAUCAACACUGGAGAGGCGAAUGGGGUCUUCUAUCCUACAUGAUUGUUGUCGGAAUGACAACUGGUGCCUCCAACACAACGGGUAGCUCCCGAUUUAUUGGAACCCUGAUAGGCGGAGCCUGUGCUUGCUUCGCAUGGUCGAUAAGCAUGACCAAUCCCUGGCUCCUUGAGCUCUGCACCGUCAUUGUAGCGCUGGGGAACUUUUAUGUGAUUCUAGUCAUGAAGAAGGCUCCUCUGGGGAGAAUUUCGCUUCUGGCAUACAACGUCAUUGUGCUGUAUGCUUACAGCUUGACGCAAGAUGUGGACGAUGACGAUGACGAUGAGGGUGGGAUAGAUCCUCUCAUUUUCGAGAUUACGUACCAUCGUGUAGUGGCGGUUACGAAGAAAUUCAGAGAGGGACUCUCGGUAUUGUAUCUGCAGCUUGGGCUCAUUUGGAAGCGCGGACCUCUGGCUGCCUUGCUAGAGGGGGGUGAUGAAGGCAUGGAUUUCAUGAAGGAGGGCGAACAGAUAGCCCUUCGGCGAUAUGUUUUCAAACUGGAGUCGCUGCGAGACUCUGCUAAAUCUGAGUUUGAACUUCGUGGGCCGUUCCCUGAAGCGGCCUAUGGCCGAAUUAUGCGCUCUACGAAGCACAUACUGGACGGCCUCUACGCCAUGCGUCUCAUUACACAGCGUCGAGACACGCUCUCAGAGGGCGAGAGUGCCCUGCUAGAAAUCACGGCUGCUGAAAGGGUGCAGCUGUGUGAACGCCUGUGCCACGUUUUCCAAGUCCUGGCAUCGUGUGUUAUGCUAGAGUAUCCUCUUACGGAUGCCAUUCCUACUAUUGACCGCACGAGAGACCGCCUUUUGAAUAAAAUCUAUCAAUAUCGCAAGAAUCAUAUGGAGAUGAAUCUGAGAAACGGCGAGGACGAUGCUGUCCAAGCCAUGACGGAAGAAAAAGAUUAUGCUUUGCUUUAUGCGUAUACCCUUGUUACGGCGCAGGUGGCCGCCGAGUUGAAGAAGAUUAAGAAGGAGAUUGAGGGGUUGUAUGGAGUCUUGCAUCAGGAUGAGCUGCUGUUGGAAUAA